CUGUCAACUGCUGGCUUGGAGGUGUGUGGGUAGCAGCUCCCUCUGGGCCCCAGCAUGGCGCAGAGGGCCGGUUAAACCUUCCCCCGAACUAGGUCGCCUUGUCAGGAACAGUCACGGCCCCACAAGCAGCCAGACCUCAUGCGGAGCCGACCCAGCUCUGGGAAGCAUCUUGGACACAUGGCUCUUCUUCUCUGAAUAGCAUUUCCUCUCCAGGAGGGAUGCGUCAUCCCAGGAAAGAUGGCCAGGGCCUGGCACACCGGCACUCAAGACACGUCUGUUAUCACUGUCACGCCCGAGGCCUGGGAGGCCGCUGCUGCUUCCUGCGCUCCUCUGAGCAAGUUGCUGGACUCCAGGAUGCCCCUGGGCCCACAGGGAGGUCAGUGUUGGGGGGAACCUGAGGAUGCUGUUCCUGCUGGCUUUCCACCCUGGCGCGGAAUCCAGCAUCUCAAACUACCAUCCUCCUGCACCGUCGUCUCCCUGUGGAAAUGCGCAGCUUCUGGGGACAGGCAGAAGGAAGACAAAGCCAUGGGACAUGCUGGUCCCAAGUUCCGGAUCCUGUCUCCAGACAUACAAGCCUCCGUGUGGAAAAGGAGGUGCCUGCGCAGUGCACGGCCUCGGACACUGGGACAAUGGUGAGUGGCUGUCCAAGUGUCCGUGCAGGGUGGCUGACAUAUCGGUCCCGGCCCAGGACAGACCCGCCUGGGCAGAGGUGCUGAGACCAGGGCCUUCUCCAAUGGGGGAAGACGGGGGCGGGGCCCUGCAGGGGUUCCUGGGGAGGCUGAGGCAACAGGGUGUCCCGGCCCGGCAGGCAGGCGCGGGAGGGCGGGACCUGUGGGACACCUUGUCAGGUGCUCGGUGAGGGGGUUACAGGGGACAGAACAUGGCGAGUUUUGUUCUGUUUCUGCUGGGGUGGAAACGACCCAGCGGUGUCCCUGGGAGGUAAAAAGGGCACGUUUUGAUCUCAGUUUUGUGUUAUAAAAUGCAAAAGAACUGAGACCCUGGGGAUAGUGUUCCAACGCACCCUGGGAAUACGCAGUCGGUGUGGGACGGUGUUCUCAAUGAACACCUAGCUCCUCAUCCUGAAUGCACGAAGGGUACUUUCUUUCCGGGGCACGGGACCAGGUUCGUACAGAAUGCCGUGAAGAUUCGUUUGAUGACUGCAGGAGAUUGAGGGAGGCACUGUUUUUAGUUUGAAAUGUCAUCGGUCACGUUGGAUCCUUUGGGGCUCAUCCUGCAAAUAAAUUUUGGAUCUUGAAACUGGUGGUGUGUGUAUUCCUAAGGGAAGAGAAACGGGCCUUUGCAAGGAAGCCAGGGCACCGUGUCUCAGGCUUGUGCACGUCUGUCUGGAGCCUGCUGUUUGGAGAGUGCUGGCUGUGUCGUGCUGUGACAGAGCGGUCACAGAUCCCGCCUUACGUCACACCCCACACCGGGAUCCCGUUCUGUGCACGAAUGGUAUCCAGGUGCAGGGGACCAGGAGGAAAGGGCACCGGAGAUCCAGGGGAGGGAUCCGGUCCGGCCAUUCAGAGCGCUGUGACAGUGAUGGGCCCAGGUGGCGGGGUAGGAGACGUCUGAUGGAGUUUCAGGAGGCUUUUCUUCAUGGACGCAUGGCCAGGACAAAGCUUGAGUGGACACAGCUCGGCUCGGCCUGGCCACCAUGUUGUCCUUCAGGCAUGUGGCUCGGGGCUGGGUGGGGACCACGGACAAGCCCUGAGCGUGUCCUCCAGCCAGGGGAGCUGGGCUGGUCAGCGCACCUCACCGGCAUGGAGGGGCAGCCUCUGUCCUCCGGCCCGGCUCGGCGGCUGCUCCACGUACAGCUCCGGAUGGAGAAGAAAUCCCGGACGUGGAGACACUCCUCGGUUUUCAUGUCACCGCCCUGAGGCAGGUAAGGUGCUCAGGGGCAGGGACAUGGGCUCCAGCCCCCCAUGUGCGAUGGGGGGAAAUGGAACCACCCAACGGGCUCGAGGCUGGUUCUGGGGGACGGGUGUGCCCUGCAGGGCUGCUGUCCCCCUGGACUUCCAUCCACCUGCCUGUGCUCCGUCGUCCCCCGUCACCCGGAUAUGCCGCCUCCCCACCGCGGGGUCUCUCUGAUCAAGAGUCUCCUUCUGCCCGGCCUGCCCGGCCUGCCCACGGCAGCGCCCCGUCUCCUCUCCCUCGGUGGGUGCGGGAGACAACGGGCCCCCUCCGUGCUCCCUGUGCGCCCCCUCCCCAGGAGAGGACCCGCUCGGCUCUUACUCAGGCUCCUGGCAUCCAGUGGGAGCCUUGGGGCUGCCCCACCCCUUUCUCCCAACACACUGUCCCUUGGGGGCCGGUGGGGGACGUGGCGGUCAAAUACAUGCUGAGAGUUCACAGCUCGGCAGCCAGCGCGUCUGUCUUGUCUCGCGCGGCAGGAAGAUGCUUUUCUCAGACAGCGUGCUGCCCUGCGCGUGGGUCCGGGGAUGGCUGCAGCCGCUGUAAAUUUGAACGUAUAGGCAGGGCCCCGUGGGCACCCCUCUUCCUCAGUCUCCCCCUCCGAGGUAGGUCGGCACCUGCCAGAGGGGUGCCUCCGACCCCAGCUCAUCCACGCGGGAUUGAGCGCGCAGACACACCGGAGCAGGAGCCUGGGGCCUGGUCACGCCAACACCUGAGUGGGGACGCUUGUUUCCAGGUCCUUCCUGGAAGGACCUCAUCGGGGCUCCAGGUGCAGGCAGAAGGGAAGAGUCUGGGGCCGCCGGGAAGGGCCCCCCCAUCCAGGACCACACACAAAAGGAAUGUGGGCACGUGUCUGCUGGUGCCAACGAGGCGGACGUCUCCCAGUGCUGCCUCUGAAGGACGAGACCGUGCGACCUCCGGCCUGCAGGUGUUCAAGCUCUAGGAGGAUCAGAGAUGGCUUCUUUCUGGCAAAGUCAGGACGUUUGAGGGCAGAGGUUCUCAGCCAGGGGCAGCCCUGUGCCCUGGAGACCAUUGGCAAGGUCUGGAGAUGUGUUAGGUCAUCACAGCUGGUAGGAGGCCCCCCACACGGCCAAGUGUCCUACAGGGCACGGGCGGCCCCUGCGGCAUCACUUGGCCUCAACUGUCCACGGUGCUGAGAUUAAGACACUCUGCCCUGAGCAGCUGCCUGGAUGGCUGGUUCUCCUCAGAGGCUGGUGAAUUUCCAUGGGGUCAGGCGUCCAGCCCAAGGUCCCUGGGGGACAGAACAAGAGCUCUAGGUGCAGUCCCAAGGGUCUGAGGGUCAGCCUACUAUCUCCCUGGCAGCUCCCAGCAUCCUCGGAGACAGGACCCCAGACCUCCAGAGGUGAGAGCUCCAGGCACACUAGGAUGUGGACCUGCACAAGGCGGCCGGGCAGGAGGGAGAUGCCUGGGUGUGUCCCGCUUGGGCUGCUUAUCUGCUGGACGACAGAACCUCUGUGCUCAGUGACCAGACAGUGUUGGCUCUUGGGAUUACUGCAGGUCAGUGACCCAGGCGGGGCUUGGUGGGGGAGGGGGGCUUCCAGGACGCUGAUGGGGGAGGCUGCAUGCUCAGCUGGGCUACGGUCUGGCUCAGAGGGCUCCCCAACUCCUCCUGGCCUCAGCUCCCGCCGGAGGGUCCCCUGAGAUGGGACAAGAACGCAGCCACUGCCUGUUGCUGGAGCCUGGAGGCCGAUCACGCCUGUCUCACUGGCCACACUGCACGGGCUGAAGGAGACCCAGAGCCCCGUGAUCUGGGGUUGGGGAAUGCAGGGCCCAGCCUUCUCCAGGGCGCCGGUCAAAGGCGGCUCAGGUGCCUUUAACCCUCCUAGUCCGGCUUCCCCCCGCAGGCAGUGAGGAGCACGCCAGAGGGAGGGCACAUGGGGACUGAGCCUCAGGAGCUCCUGCCCUCGUCUGGGACAGACACGUUCUGAAGGAAGUAGCGCCAGGACCGUGGGCAGCAGAGUUCGAAGAGUGCUGACCCUGGGUCCCCUCCGAGGAGGAGCGUGUGGCCCUCGGGCUGCUCCCUCAUGCGGCCCGGUGACUCCCGUCCCUGCUCUGGGGCUCCUCCGCCUCCUUGUGCCCGCCUUGGGGACCCCCCACCCACGAGCUGCGCUCCUUAUGGACCCCCUUGGGCGUGGACCCGUCCUGUCAUCUCAAUCGCUACCACGUGUGCCAGCACGUCCCCGAGAGCCUGGACGUCCCAGGCAGAGAGCGGCCCAGGCACUCGAGGACGCAGGCCGAGCCGGCUGAGGCUUCCCGAGUUACCCACACUCAGGAGGGGCUGGGCUGCGCGGGGACGGCGGCGGGAACCCGGCCCCCCUCGCCACGGCCUUGAAAACCCCGCUGUGUCCCGUGGCAUUUCCUCGCAGCCCACAGCCUGUCUGUUCUUCCUUGGGGGUCCGCGAGGCGCGGCUGGGGCUCGGCUUGGGGCUGAGUCCCCGGGCAGGUGCCCUGUUUCCUUCAGCUGUCCCGCUCCCUCCGUGGAGGUACGGCAGAGACAGCGAGUUAUUUACUUUCGGGCGACCAAGGAACUAUGGACAUGUUUGACUGUUUCUGUGGAAUAGGUGUUCUACCGAAGAGGAAAUCCGAGAACAGAGCCCUCGGGGGGUACGGGGAAGCAGAGCCGCGCCUGCCUUCCCGAACUUGCACAAUGAGGGGUGGGGGUGGGGGUGGCUUCUGCGGGACCCGCUCAGCGAGGCUCCAGGCGCCCUGGGCCCCAGCCUCCCCCGCUGGGGCCGCCCCAGAGAGCCACGAGCAACAAACAAAGCAAAGCGGAGGCGGGUGGCACUGUCCCAGCGCAGGAGGCACCUCUGAACCCCCGUUUCCCUGCAUACGGCGCCUGCCC